CUGUCUGCUGGAGUCAAGAUGGUCAGCGAGUGUUAAGCGGAUCAGAUGAUAGGACAGCAAGGCAAUGGAAUGUGGAAAGCGGGGAGACCAUCCACGCACCAAUCAAGACUGGCUCGUCACGGUACACGGAAUUGAACGCGGUCGUCUACUCGCCUGACAUGACCAUGUUUGCGACUGGUGGAUACCACACGGACGAAUACUUCAUCAAAAUCUGGAAGGCCAAGACAGGCGAGCUGGUCGCCGCUCUUAAAGGACACAAAGAUAAAGUCUGCUGCCUUGCCUGGACCAUGGACGGAAAGACGCUUAUCUCCGGGUCACAUGAUCACUCGAUUAGGACAUGGAACACAACAACCUGGAAGCAGCUCGCUAUUCUAGACGAGCACACCAACCGUGUCAUUGCCCUUGCAAUAUCUCCGAAUGGCCGCAUCCUCGCAAGCGGUUCGCUCGAUGAUACAACACUAUUGUGGAAUCUCAAUAACGGCCAGCCCAUCACUUCGCCCCUCAAGCAUCCAGGUGCAGUGGGCUGCGUGUCAUUUUCGGAGGAUGGAAAUCUACUAGCGACUGGCUGCGCUGACAAUAACACGUACACAUGGGAUGUUGCUACGAUUGUUAGAGACGCUGGCCUUGACGACCUUCUAAAGGACAGUAACAAGGCGUUACUCGAUCGUGAUGCUACGCGACGUCCUACGAUCCAACGACGCCCAGACGCUCGUUAUGUGCCUCCUGCCAGCUUUUUCAACGACUCGCCAGAUCGUGCUCAUUUCUCUUCACGACACCGCUCCUCAGCACCGCAUGGACGCACAUUUCUUGGUCGCAUUUCUUCGAUAUUCAGCCGCACCCACUCCGACGCCCACGAUACGCCAUCCCGGCCCCGUCCUCUCGACUGGGCUCGACUCACUGAGACACCAAAUGAUGCAGGCACCGAUUUACCCCAGUGUCGCUCAGCAGAAGUUGACGUCCCGUUUGCACAGGAGAAACGUAGGAACGCUUCAGCAAGAGAGAAACGAAGGCCAAUUCCAUUGACAUUGACGAACGCUACUGCAGGCAUCUCACAGAGCAGUGUCAGCCAGCAAUCUAGUAGUGCCACUCACCUCCAGCCAUCUUCGCAACUACAUGCUGCUGUCACCACGUCACCUGCAUUCAUCGCUACUUCUGCAGCCACAACAUCGCCAACCUCGCCCCCUGAUAUAACAAUAGGACAUGCUGGCCGCUGGACUCGUUUCUGGCUUUUCAUGUGUUGUGCAUCUGCUGAAUAUGCCAACAAUUGAAAUUAAUUCUGAGGCUCUUCAGUCGUGUUUUAGCAGUUUGCUUCGAAUUUAGAUCUCCUUGUUGAUGUCCCUGCCUACUCACACUGCGAAUUUUCUGACUUUCUUUUGUACGAUACCACAGUCCUCGUCAUUAGCACGUCCAUGCACGUCACUCUUGGGCUAUGUACGAUUUUAUAAAUCCUUUUCCUCCGAUCUCCCUAUCACUGGACUGACUGGAGUCCAACGCAUCAACUUUGUAUAUUAUGGCCGUGAUUUUAGUAUUAGAGCUUUCGUAGAUGCAGUUGCGCACACAAGUGUGAAUCAACGCCUGAGGUCCCAAAC